AUGAAGGACACAGGCACGUUCAAGGCCAAGAAUGGCCCCAAGUACACCUCCUUUUUCACGUUCACGGGCACCUUGGCCGCCAUGGUCUUCAGCGCCCUGGGUGCCGCCCACGGCAUGGCCAAGAGUGCCAGCAUCGUGGCCAUGUCUGUCAUGCAGCCAGAACUGACCGUGAAGUCCAUCAUCCACAUUGUCGCUGGUAUCAUCGCCAUCUACGGGCUAGUGGUGGCGGUCCUUGUCGCUGAUUCCCUGAAUGAUGGGAGCAGUCUCCAGAGGAGUUUCCUCCAGCUGGGUGCUGGCCUGAGCGGGCUGGUGGGUGGGGACUCCGGUGUGCAUGGCAUGGCCCAGCAGCCCCUGCUCUUCAUGGGCAUGAUCCUGACCCUCAUCUUCUCCGAGAUGCGCGGCCCCUGCAGUCUCCUUGUCGCCCUCAUCCUCCCUACAAAGUAG